AUGGAACGGGCCGAGGGAAAGGCGAAGCUGGAGAGCGCAAACGAGCGCACAUUAACGAGGACCUGUGCAAAGAUGGAGGCAAAUCCACCCCGGGCAGACGUAGCUGGUGUCUCUAAAAUGUUGCUCUGCUGCUUGGCCGAGUGUGGGGCGAGUCGUCCCGACGGUGAAAGAGAAAAGAACCGGAAAAGGUCACGGUGUCGGUUCAUCACUGGCAGUGGCUUUACGUUGUGUAUACAGCUCGUAGCAUUUCCUCCCCUGGGAGAGACGUUAAUUUACGGAGGAAGCUCUUCGCAUGGGAAUUCAGCCGCUUCCUUGGACACGGCUUCUUCUGGGGGAGGGGGGGAUUUCUCCCAGGGGAGGCCCCUGAGAUCCUCUUUUGACCCAGCAUCCAGGCGGGUGUCACCUUCUUGGAGUUACCUGAAGGAGUUCCGCACGGAGCAGUGCCCUCUUUUCGUGCAGCACAAGUGCACUCAGCACCGGCCCUACACUUGCUUCCACUGGCACUUUGUCAACCAGCGUCGUCGCAGAUCUAUCCGCCGCCGGGAUGGUACCUUUAACUACAGCCCUGACAUUUACUGUACCAAGUAUGACGAGACCACAGGAAUCUGCCCAGAAGGAGAUGAGUGCCCCUUCUUGCAUAGAACUACUGGAGACACAGAGAGGAGGUAUCACUUGCGCUACUACAAAACUGGAAUCUGCAUCCACGAGACAGACUCCAAGGGAAACUGCACCAAGAAUGGAGUCCACUGCGCGUUCGCUCACGGGCCCCAUGACCUGCGCUCUCCCGUGUAUGACAUCAGGGAGCUUCAGGCAAUGGAGGCUUUGCAGAAUGGUCAGACUACAUCAGAAGGUGGCAUAGAGGGUCAGUCUGCGGUCGCUGCUAGCCAUGCUAUGAUAGAGAAAAUACUCAGUGAGGAGCCGAGGUGGCAAGAUACAACGUAUGUGUUGGGAAAUUACAAGACGGAGCAAUGUAAGAAACCCCCCCGUCUCUGUCGCCAGGGUUAUGCCUGUCCCUACUACCACAAUAGCAAAGACAGAAGAAGAAGCCCAAGAAAACACAAAUACAGAUCUUCGCCAUGUCCCAGUGUGAAACAUGGAGAUGAGUGGGGAGAUCCCAGUAAGUGUGAAAAUGGAGACUCAUGCCAAUACUGCCACACUCGCACAGAACAGCAGUUCCACCCAGAGAUCUACAAAUCCACCAAGUGCAAUGAUAUGCAGCAGUCUGGCAGCUGUCCCCGAGGACCCUUCUGUGCCUUUGCACAUGUAGAACAGCCUGCGCUCAGUGAAGAUUUACAGCAAUCCUCCACUGUGUCCAGCCCGACACAGGCAGGGCCCGUGAUGUACAUGCCGUCAGCGGCUGGCGAUUCCGUUCCCGUCAGCCCUUCCAGUCCACAUGCCCCAGACCUUAGCAAUGUGUGGAAUAAAUCAGGAACUCUGCCAACUAGCCCCACCUCCACCACAAUUCUUUGUAGGAACAGCAGUCUCGGAAGCCCAUCUAAUAUAUGUGGGUCUCCUCCUGGCGCCAUUGGAAAGCCACACAGCUUGGAGACCAUUGGUUUUCCUCCAGACUCAGUAACAGCAGCUGGCAGCUACAAGAAAGCACCGGGGUUUGAGCGAGAAGAUCAGGUGGGGGCCGAGUAUUUGAAGAGUUUCAAAUGCCAGCAAGCAAAAAUUAAGUCCCACUCACUGGAACACAGGAGCCAGGACCAACCUUUGUUACAGCCCAAACAGGACAUACUGGGUAUUCUCCCAGUGGGGAGUCCGCUGACAUCCAGCAUCUCCUCUAGUAUCACCUCCAGUCUGGCUGCAACACCACCAAGCCCUGCCGGCACCAGCAGCAUCCCAGGCAUGAAUGCCAAUGCCCUCCCUUUCUACCCAACCAGUGACACCGUUGAGUCUGUCAUAGAGUCUGCCUUGGAUGACCUGGACCUGAAUGAAUUCGGAGUGGCUGCCCUGGAGAAGACAUUUGACAGCAGCACAGUGCCCCACACGAGUGGCAUCAUGAUAGGUGGGAGUUUGCUGCAAAGUUCUGCUCCUGUAAAUAUCCCCGGGUCCCUUGGAAGCUCUGCCUCCUUUCACUCUGCCUCUCCUUCUCCACCGGUCAGCCUCUCAUCGCAUUUCCUUCAUCAGCCCCAGGGACACUUAAGCCAAUCAGAAAACACGUUCCUGGGGACAUCAGCUUCUCAUGGAUCAUUAGGUUUAAAUGGGAUGAACAGCAGCAUAUGGGAACACUUUGCUUCGGGGAGUUUUUCGCCCAGUACCUCACCUGCAUUUCUGUCAGGUCCAGGUGCUGCGGAGCUGGCACGGCUACGACAAGAACUGGAUGAAGCCAACGGCACAAUAAAGCAGUGGGAAGAGUCUUGGAAACAAGCCAAACAGGCUUGUGAUGCUUGGAAAAAGGAGGCAGAGGAAGCAAAUGAUCGCGCCAACACAGCUAACAUGGAAUGUGAACUGGCCCGGGAGCAGAGGGAAGCCUUGGAGCUGCAAGUGAAGAAACUGCAGGAGGAGCUGGAGAGGAUCCACACAGGCCAGGACCCUCAGUUUCUACGCUCCUUCUCUGACCUGGAAACACUCUCACUCUCUUCACUUUACACCCUUCAGAAACAGCUGCGGGCAAACCUGGAGAAAGUCGAUAAGGCGGUAUUUCAGAUGCAGUCAGUGAAAUGCCUUAAGUGUCAGGAGGAGAACCGGGUGUUGUUACCGUGCCAACACGCCGUGCUGUGUGAAACCUGCGCCGAGGAGGGCGAGUGCCCCAUCUGCCACCCCAACAGGCCCCACUCUCUCCAGUCGUGACCUUCCGAGGACACUCGUUCUAAUCAUAUCGUAUAGGACUUUUUAACUUUAUACAUACGUAGAUAUAUAUGUAUGUGUACAUAUAUAUAUGUAUGUGUAUAUAUAUAUGUAUAUAUGUGUGUGUAUGUGCCUGUUUGUGUAUGUGUGUAUAUAUAUGCACACACACGCACAUACACACAUAAAACAAAAAUUAGUUGCAGAGCACUUUUUAAUAUUUUACAUCCCGUAUCUAAACUGCCCCUCACCCGUGCCCCACUAAUUCUAACUCUUGAGGAACUUUGAGAGCUGUUUUUAAUACAGAUCAAAGGGCCAUUUGCAAAGAGUCUGUGUUUCUCCUCUUUUUCUAUUUAGGUGAUAACAAAUUUUUGACUAUUUCCAGAAGGAUUUAGAGUGGGCAAGAGGGGCUUCCACGUGCUUUCCAGAGGGAAGAGUUGAGAUCACAGGGAGGAUCAAGGUGGAUUGAAAUGACUUGUUGGUGUCUUCAGUCUCCCUUCUCUUUCACUGACCCAGCUUGGUUAAAGCUGUCCUCCCUGAUGGAAGCUCUGCUGGGUGCCUGCCUGGUGGGCCUCACGUUGCCGAUCUCUGAAUGUGCAGGAACUUUGUCUGCCAUUUAAUCAGCAAAGUUCGCUUUUUAAAUUUUUUUUACACUCUUUGUAUAUUUGUAUGAAAAGAAGAAAAGGGGGGAGGGAGGGAAGUAUUGGAUCUAGACCAAGCCAAGCCCCAAAAUUCAGUGACUAAUGUUCAUUGCUGAUACAGCAAACACGUUCCAGGUCUGAGCAGCCUUAGAAGUAUUGCUCUUGGGUCAGCUCAAGUUCUUUAUGAAAGGAACACGGAUGCAAGGUCAGUUGUCUCCAGGCACCCCUUUGUCUAGAGACUUUUGACUGUUUCAGACCAGAUAAAUCUUCUUUUAGCCAUGGGGACCUGUUUCAUAGUCACUGCUGAAAUGCAUGAAACAAUUCCAGGUAGUCAGGCCACCUUUCUUGAACAGAGUUGAUGUUUCCUGUGAGCAUCUCCAGGAUGGGUUAUGGAUUGCUGAGUCCAGAAGCCCUCAUGCUUCAUGAUCACGUACACCUGUGGUGACAGAGAAAGUCCAGCGUGACAAAGAAACGCCACCAGCUUAGACCUUACCAGUAGCUGAGCUUUCCUGUGACUUUCUUUACCAGUGUGUCCAUUGGGUUUUUACAUCAGGUGGAUUGCAGUAACCUGCUGGGAUCUCAACCAAAAGGCCACUCAGUUGAUUAAACAUUUUUAUUUUGCACAGGGAAUACUGCCUGUGCCACCCCUCCCUGACCUGGAAAAGCACUGGAACCUCCAGCAGCCCACUGUUGUAGGAAAACUGAAUUUUUACCGGAGCCUCUCAGAAAGCUUCAUAUUUAAUGCAAAGACAUAAUUAGGUUUGCUUCCAUAAUUCCACCUUUCCUUUACAUGGAAGGGGUUAAUAUGCAUUCCCAGAUGAUCUCUUAAGUGCAGCUCUGUGUAGUUCUUUUUUAUGUUUUUCCCAUUAACUUGUUUUUGGGUUUUUUGGUAAAAAUGCUUUUUUUUCCAUGUGUAUUUUAUUGUAACUAGCAUCAGUUUUUUUAAUUUUUUUUUAUGGAGAGACACUGUUGAGUGAUUAUUGUGGCUAUGUUGUUUGGUUAUAGCCUUUGAAUGUCUGUGCCAUGGGGCAGCACAUCUGCCUUGGUCUGAUCUUAAAGAAAGACCUUUUAUUAAAAUACGUGAACAUUUCUUUUUCUAGGAAAAAAAAAAAAAUAAAGAAAAAAGUGGGGGGAGGAGGAAGAAGCC